GGUGAACGGAAAACAGUAGUCACGAACACCGGAGCUCUGUUCUCUUCUCCUAAUUUCCAUUCUCUCUAUAAACCCAAAAACCCACCCGAUAUUUCCACCAGGAACAAAGCAUCCCCUGUUCAGGCCUAAUUCCGGGUCGGGGUCCACAAUCUGUUCCAUGUUUUCCGAGUUUCGGUGUGGAAUUCGGGCAGGAGAAGGAGGGGGAAAGUAUACGCAGAUGUUAGAGAAAUGCCGGAGUCGAUACGGGAAUCGGUGAAGUUUAAAGAUGGGUUAGAAGAUAUAGUUUUGAGUGCGGGGGAUUUGGAGGGUUCGAUUCGAUCCCGUGGCGGGACCAGUUCCCGAAACGUUCGUCAUCUUUCUUCUGCGAUUGCUGGUGGCAUAUGGACUGAUACAGUGGGUGGGAAGUCAGUCCUGGCUUUUGGCGUAGUUUGGUGGUCUAUUGCUACUGUUCUUACUCCUGUUGCUGCCAAUAUUGGGUUGCCAUUCCUACUUGUUGUUCGUGCUUUCAUGGGAAUUGGUGAGGGUGUUGCUAUGCCUGCCAUGAAUAAUAUUCUGUCGAAAUGGGUUCCUGUAGCCAAAAGAAGCAGAUCACUAGCUCUAGUAUACACUGGGAUGUAUCUUGGUUCAGUUACUGGUCUGGCCUUUUCACCUUUCUUAAUACAUAAGUUUGGAUGGCCAUCAGUCUUUUUCUCCUUUGGUUCUCUGGGAACAGUCUGGUAUGCUGUAUGGCUAAACAAGGCACACGGUGCACCUUUGGAAGAUCCUGAACUGAGGCCUCAAGAGAAGAAGCUUAUUGUUACAAAAUGUGUUUCCAAGGAACCUGUCAAAACAAUCCCCUGGAGUUUGAUCCUGUCAAAACCACCUCUCUGGGCCCUGAUUGUUUCUCACUUCUGUCACAAUUGGGGGACAUUUGUUCUUCUAACUUGGAUGCCAACAUACCAUCAUCAAAGGUGCAUUUUUUUUUUCCCUUCUCCUAAUAACACCACAGGAGGGUGGAUUGCAGAUACACUUGCGAGCGGAGGUUUAUCUGUGACUGCUCUCCACAAGAUCAUGCAAACAAUUGGAUUUCUGGGCCCUGCUUUCUUCCUCAGUCAGCUGAGCCAUGUUGAUCUUCCAGCAAUGGCUGUAUCUCUGUAUGGCAUGCGGUCAGGAACUGACGCAUUCUCACAGUCUGGCCUAUAUUCAAACCAUCAAGAUAUUGCCCUCGAUACUCUGAAGUACUGCUUGGGUUAUCCAAGACAGCAGGAGUGUUGGCAGGGGUCUUUGGAACAGCAGCAACUGGUUACAUCUUACAACAUGGUUCUUGGGAUGAUGUUUUCAGAGUUUCAGUUGGGCUCUACUUGGUUGGAACGGUCGUCUGGAACCUUUUCUCAACUGAUGAGAAAAUAUUGGAUUGACUCUCAGCUAAGCUAAAAUUUUGCAUGUGGCAUCUCAAGCCUCUGUGUUUGAGCUUAUUAUGGAAGAGUUUCAACUGAUUGAAUGCAAAGGUGAAAAAGGAGUUCAGAAUGAAUUUUGAUGAAAAGU